AUGGCAAAUGGCAGCUCAAUCAAAGUUCCCUUCAUGACUAACAUGAAGGAUCAAUUUAUUAGUGUUUUCCAUGAUUUCAAAGUACUUCGUCUUUCUUAUAGGCAAGGUGAAGAUAAGCGCCAUUUCUCCAUGUACAUUUUUCUUCCAAAUGCAAAAGAUGGAUUGACAGAUUUGGUUGAGAACAUGGCUUCUAAAUUUGAGUUACUAGAACACAAUCUUCCAGUUAUUCAAAAGAAAGUGAGAAACUUCAAAAUUCCAAGAUUCAAAUUUUCAAUUUGGCUUGAAACUUCUGAUAUGUUGAAGGAGUUAGGAGUGAUUUUACCUUUCUCCCUCGGAGGUUUAACAAAAAUGAUGGACUUUCUAGCGGGUCAAAACCUUUUUGUUUCCAACAUAUUUCAGAAGUAUUUCAUUGAAGUAAAUGAGAAAGGCACUAAAGUUGCUUCGGCUAGUGCUGCUGUAGUGACACUUUGCAUGUGUAUGGGUGAUUGUCUAUUAAAGAAUCUUUAUCCAACAAUCGAGACUAAUUGA